GCGUGGGCGGUAUUAUAUAGUGUUGCAGUAAUUUUAAAAGUGAAGUGACAUAGUGCCAUUGUAUAUUUUAAAUGUAUACCUACGUAUAAUAUAUAUAUGGACACAUUGACGAUUCGAUAUUUGAGUUGUACUGGAAGACUUGGACUUUCGUCAUAAUAUUAAUCGCCUCUGUUGUUUAUGUAUAAGGUGGCUAAAUAUUAUGAACAACGGACGUGCACGAGUUCCGAAAUGUGCACGAUGCCGCAACCACGGUCUCAUAUCAAGCCUUCGUGGACAUAAGAAGGCUUGCAGCUAUAGACUGUGCCAGUGUCCAAAAUGUGGACUCAUUAAGGAAAGACAACGCAUUAUGGCCGCUCAGGUGGCAUUAAAAAGACAACAAGCGGCUGAAGAUAAAAUUGCCCUACACUUAGCUUCUGUUGAAAGUGGGACUCCAUUGGAAGCACUGCCUCCUGGCCGUAUAUAUGGAAUGCGCGUGACUGCGCCAUGCCCUAGCCCUGGUCCUGAGCCUGACUCCGCUGCUGAUGAUCAGACGCCAAUACAUAUAGAUAGCGAGACAAGCGACUCUCUACCCGAUUGUUGCAGUACGUCUCCAGAUUCCGCGGGAAAUUCUUCUGCAACUAUACGAAGGCCUGGUGAAAGUGAAGAGAUUGCUGAAGCUGAAGGAGCGGUAAGCACUGCCGGUCUUGAAAUGUUAAGGAAGCUGUUUCCGGGUAAAAAGAGGUCCGUCCUCGAAUUAGUGCUGCGCCGCUGCAACCACGACUUACUUCGCGCCGUCGAACAUUUCAAUGCGACCCAUGCACAUAGAGAGAAACCACCGACACCGUUCGGCACAAGUACAAGCUUCGAUGCUUCAGUGUCAAGUACUGAAGAAGUAGAAUCUAGGUGGUCUGCAUUCCGUCCUGUGGGGCCUCGUGCUCCUCUAUUACCCGCCCUAGUUAUGGGACGAGUAUGCGGCUCUGAAUGGCUUGUACCAUUGCCAGCACUACCAGCCUUAUCCGCGCCGUUACUGUUGCCACUGCAGCAUCCACACCAGGCUCCAGCGCCGUGUAACCCUUGCACACCCGAUUGUCGCCAAUGUAAUUCACAUCACUAAUUUAAAAAAUUAUAAGCAUAGUAUUUUAUGUGUUCACCGAUAUGAACGUUUUUGUUCUGCAAUAAGUAUAUGUAGCUUAUAUGUACAUGUAAUACUUAUAUGUACCUUAUUAUUUAAUUGUAUUCGUCCAAAUCGAAAUAAAAUUAUCUUUAAUAUCAAAUGCUUUGCA